AUGGCUACGAAUGCUGGAGCUGGAGCUGUAAGACAAUUGGGGUCAGCCAAGGGAGCGUUCGCAGUUCAAAAAAAAUAUACCGUUCAAUCUCACGGUAUUUGGGAUCGUGUACGGCGCAUCUUUGCGGUAGACCCGGAUCGCUCCACUGGUGUCCCACUCAAUGCACAAUAUCGCAAUCCACCGCCAGGUGCAAAUCCUCCAGAAGCUUAUGAUGAUCCGGUUACAGUGCCAUCUGGCGAUAUCGCAGAGAAUCCAUACUACAAGCGGGAUGUUCGUCGGAGCUAUCCCCGACUUAGCGUUGUGAACCAAACGGACGUUGUGGGGCUCCUUGCCGUUGGAAGCAAGUCAAGACCAAAGGCAGACGUGUUGCAGGUAGGGGACGCUGGCGCGAAGCAAUUGAUCCAGGUCCGGCAAGAUGGGGAAGAAAAGGGGCUAUCGGCAUAUCUGGAAAAGAAUGGGCGAAGUGGGAUCCUGCAAGCGAACGGCUUGCCACCUUUUCCAAAUGGUCUAGGAGGUGAGUCUGCGGCUGGUGCAAGACGGUACACCAUGGAUUCUGAAAGUGGUUAUGCUGGAGAACGUGAGAACGCACUGAUGCCUCCAGAGUCCCUGACUGCUCUUAAUGGAGAUAUUCCUAGAGCACCCUGCCCACGCUGCGUGGAGUAUGGCGAUAUUUCACCGAAACUACUCCUUUAUGUGGACGGAAUCACUCAAGGCAGCUAUCAUAGCGAUAUUCCAGCCACUUACUUUUCAAUUCCACCCUUCAGCCUAGACAAACGCGAACCUAGCUUUGAGGCACUUCGGGUGAGGCUCACGUCUGUGUACUCAGACUCACUCACUAAGAAUGCUUUCAUACAAGUUUCAAUAUAUCUCCUUGGUCAGAUUUGGACUGAAAACCCAAGAGAAGCUGGAGAAAGCACUCAAAACGCUGCAGCAUUGGGAAGACCGCCGAGCAGCCAUCAUCCAGUCGCUUGGCCAGAUUUCCUCCUUGAAAGGCUUCUGGCGGCGCGGCAGGAUAGAGCCUUCGUUGAGGACCUGCUCAAGCAAGCUGGUGUCGACACUUCACUUCUAGAUGAUAGUGACAAAAGCCACCACGAGCAGCAAGUGCACCAAGCGCGGCUUCCAGAGACGGAUAUAAACGCAAAUGCCUCAGGUCUGCAAUUCAAAAGCCAUGUAGCGACCACUGGAGAGGCGCUCGCAACCGCCAGUGCUAUGGAGCUCGCACGAUUGACUGGAAACACAAGGCCAGGAUCGAAGCGACCUGCUGCUGCUGACAAGGACAUCAUUGUCGACAUUAAUCGUCCAGCAAUAAGAGAGCAAGUGGCCCCGGUUGCUAGUAUGCAUAUCUCGCCUCAAGAUAUGUGUGGGACGUAUGGGGACCCAACUCUCAGUAGCUUGGCCAAAGAGUCAAUGCCGCCACCCCCGUCUCCAAGUGCAGCUAUACGCUCCUACCCACAUGAGUAUUUGACACCGCAGGCCCCAAAGAGGGGACGCGUCUGCCAGAACUCGAUCAAGUCGACGAUUCCACCUGGCCAGAGCAGAGAAAGUUCAAGUCACAUAUCAUUGUUGAAGAGCCGUACUGGUGUUUCUCAAUUUUUAAGUGAUAGGAGGUUUGGGUCAAUGUUGAACGACGCACAGGAUAGCCGCGGACGCGAGGCUAUAGAUGUACACACCAUUAUCAACAGUGACAAGCAAAAGCUGUCAGAAUUUGGGAACUCUCAGAAUCGUGCCCAUAGUGUUUCUACCCCAUCUUGGAGUAUAGGUGUUAACCACACACAUUUGGCUUUGCACAUGCAAAAAAGGCGCGACUUGGCGUCUCGAGCUGACUUGGCGAGUCUGAUCUAUGCAGCUCCCUUGACAGCUACCCGGGCGAGAAUCGGGCGCCCAAGUCCAGCAAACUCGCUCUCGCGCAUCCACGACCGGCGACGGCUAAAGCCACGUUCAGCUUAUACUGAGCCUUCUGGAGGACUUCGGACUCCCGGCUUGUCGCGUCACAUGCGGAGCAGCACCAGCAACAGCAACCAAUCCUGGGCUCGUGCAGCAUCAACGGCUGCCGGGUCAAAUUUGACGCCUCCUAUGUCUAGCCCUCAUUUUCAGAUGCAGAAAGGCAACCUCAACCGUGUCAACAAUGGGACACAUACACCUCGGCCCGGACGCCUCUACUUGGACCAAAUCGAAAAGUAG